UAUGUUGUGGGAAAUGCACUGGAGCCCAUUCUCGACUCGCAGCGUCAACUAGUCCUUCUCGAAGUCUUGCUCUACAAUCUUCUUCCGCUCUUUGUCCUUUCGAGAUCUUGUGCACCGGAGUAAAAGUUUCAAUUGUUCCUGUGCAGGGUUCACAGCUCUGAGCUCCGGCCAUUGCCUUAUUUGAAGCGGUUCUAUCGCACAAUUGCUGGCACGAAGGGUUCCUGCAACCAGCGAUCCACGCGGGAGUUGGGCCGUUGCGAUUAAGUGGUCCUCUGCACGGACUGCACUUAGAAUCUAGUUUCAGGCGGUCCGAAUAGUGUCCCCGCAUGUCAAGGUAUUGAGCAGUGCUGUUGUAAUCUUCGGGAUUGAUUCGUUCACCACCGGCUAGGUCAUUGUCCGGACUUUGAAGGGAACCCUCUUGGCUAUCAUCUCUCCAGCCAGCCAGCUGCUUUCGCAUCGUCAAAGUGAGUUAGUUUUCACAGACUUUCCUAUAACGUCUGCUAGCUCCGAGGACUGUGAUUCACUAUGAAUCAUAAUGGGACACUUGUUGGAGUGGGACAGUUCAUCCGAAGAAGCGCCGGGGCGGGGUCAUGACAAUUGAUCUCUACAUAGGGAAAUGAAAACCCUGCGUGGGCCAACCGGAGUUGGAAGGAUACUAUAUAAUUGAUACCCGAAAUGGAGUGAUCCGUCCAUUGGAUCACUGUGACUCACUACGAUUCCCAUGUUUCAGUCUGUCACUUAUGCCUCGGACUGUAGAAAAUCAUCUUCCCUCUUCUCGAACGCUUUACUUCCCGUGACGCAAAUGAAAAGGCAUUCUUGCUAUUAAACCCCCUUAUUGGCAGAGUGGAGUGCGCGCGCAGUAUACCAUGAACAGUUCAGGGGGACUUGGGUGUGUAUGUGGACGAGAGUUGAAGAGUUUGGCUGGUUUAACGAUGCAUAUGGGGAGAUGCGUAAGGGCUAGGCAGCACAGGAUUCGCACGAGGCGGGAUUGCCAGGAGGCAGUGAGGCGGUUGCGAGCAGGCGAAAACACGAUGCGAGAACCACGCUGGACCCCUGAGGCUGGAUUCCGGGACCGCGAUAGAGCUCCUACCAGCGAUAGUUCCAGUGAAAGCACCGAUGACGAGGACCAGAACGAAUGGGGGUUUGCCGUGCCCGUCGCUAGUGCGUUGGAUGAGGAAGAACCUCAGCACCCAUUGGAACCUGCCAGCAGGUACAGCAACGGGGGAACUGAGCGCGGCUCGUCGCGUGGGAGCACAACUAUUGUGACGAGACGCGUCACGUUCGAGCAGGUAACGGGUCGCAAAGCGGGUACAGCGAUACCCGGGCCAGCAUCUGGGAGGGAAACUCGAAGUGACAACAUGUACUACCCAUUCGUCGACGAGGCCAACUACGCGUUUGCAAAAUGGAUGUAUGACGCUCGCAUCCCGAAGGGUGCUGUUGAUCGCUUCUUCGAUGACGAACGGCUGGAAGGAUUCAUCCCCAGUCUACAAUUUGGAAGCGCGGACGAAUGGCAUCAAUUGCUGGAUGCAGUGGAAGGGGGCGUCAGUGGCAACACCUGGGAAGAGUCUCUAGUUUAUAUACCGGCAGCCAGCACUGGUGGGGGGCGAACAGCAGACGCGUUUGCGGGUUCCUUGCUCAAGCAGGACGUGCUCGAGGUUGUGAAGUUUAUGCUUCGAUUCGAGCCCUUCUCUGCCUACAUGUCGUACGCGCCGACGCGCAGCAUGCGCAUGACAACGAACAGCGAUGGCAGACAGCACGAGGUCCGCAUGUACACUGGAUUGCACGACUGUGACUGGUGGUGGGAUACGCAACUGAAACUGCCAGAAGGAUCCACGGUGGUGCCGGUUAUGAUCGGGGUGGACGAGACACAGCUCACUCAACACCGAGGGGACCAGACAGCAUGGCCAGUGUACGUCUCCAUUGGCAAUCUGGAUGCCAGGGUUCGACGAUCUCGAAAGGCGCCGGGUAACAUGCUGGUGGCUAUGUUGCCCGUGAUUAAGCACCACGACAAAGACCUGAAAGCCAGUAUAUACCACCAAGCGAUGGGAAAAGUGCUUGAGCAUGGGAACAGCAGGAUGUGCUACCCCAUCGUAUGUGGUAUCAUGGCCGACUACAAGGAACAAGUUCUUCUCACAGGGGUAAAGAACAACCAACACUGCACAGUGUGUAAGAUAGCUCCUAAGAUGCGGGAUACCAUGGUGUUCCCGGAUAGGCCAGAUAAGUCUUCAUCUGAAUAUGCCGGGCAUCGCACACACAACGACACGAUAUCUAAGAUAAGGCGUAUCAGAGAACAGAGGGUACGAUCUUCGGACCCAGAGUAUGUUCACCAGAUUGAGAAUUUUGCGUGGAGGUUUCCUCACGUGAACGUGCACACAGCGCUUAUGCCUGACCUGCUACAUCAACUACACACAGGCGUUAUGGGCGACUCUGUUAAGUGGCUUUCAGCGCUGCUGGACGACAUGUAUGGGAGGUCGCAGGCGGAUUAUAAUAGCUCAGGGGUCAGUCGAUUAGACAAAAGGUACAGAGAGGUGCCGCACUACCCACGGCUGAUAAGGUUUAACAAGAUCCCUGUCAGUAAGAUCUCCCAGUGGACUGGGAAUGAGCGGAAGGCGCUGGCGAGGCAGAUCUUAGCAAUCUUUGCGCCUUUGCUGUCAAGCAAACCAAACGUGGUCCGGUAUUUGCGGGCGAUGUGCGACUUUGUGAUGAUUGCACAUUAUCAUAGCCAGGACGAAGAAACAUUAGCGUACCUGCUGAACGCUCUCGAGCGAAUUGACACGUACAAGUGGGAGCUCAUCAAUCAGCGACGCGGACCUCAAUCGCGACACUUCAGGAUCCCAAAAUUCCACGCGAUUACCCACUACAUAUGGAUGAUACGGCAGUAUGGGCCGCUACCGAACUGUGACCCGGCCACCUAUACAGAGGCUCCCCACAGUUACCUUGUAAAAGCAUGGUUUAAGCUCACAAAUCACAGGAGAACGUUGCAGCAGAUUGCCGUACUCAACGCCCAAUAGGUAAAUAUACAAGUUUGCGAAUCGAUGCGCAUGUACAAGGACAGGAUUCCUCUUAUUAAAACCCAAAGUGCAGACGGCUUUCGCAGCUUAACGCUGGCGAAGCCAGCGCUUCUUGAAAGGUUUGGAAUAGGGGUUGGGGACUGUGAACACGUGCGUGCACGCGGGCUCCGCAAGGACACAUGGACAACGGUCCGCAACCUUCUGCUACACC